UUUAAAACAGAUAGACCGCAAUUCCCAAUCUCCCUCAUAAUCUAGGGUUUAUUCCUUCCACCAAAAAUCCUAAUUUCUCCCCAAUUCUUCCGCCAUGGCUCGGAACGAAGAGAAAGCGCAGUCCAUGCUGAAUCGUUUCAUCACUAUGAAAGAGGAGGAGAAGAGGCCGCCUAAGCAGCGCCGCCCUUACCUGGCAUCGGAGUGCCGCGAUCUGGCGGAGGCCGACAAGUGGCGCCAGCAAAUCAUGCGCGAAAUCGGCCGGAAAGUCGCUGAGAUCCAGAACGAAGGCCUUGGAGAGCACCGCAUCAGGGACCUGAACGACGAGAUCAACAAGCUCAUCCGAGAGAAGGUGCAUUGGGAGCGGCGCAUCGUGGAGCUGGGAGGACAUAAUUACUCGAGGCACUCCGCCAAGAUGACUGAUUUGGAUGGCAACAUUGUCGACGUGCCCAACCCCAGCGGCAGGGGUCCCGGUUAUAGGUACUUUGGCGCCGCCAAGAAGCUGCCUGGUGUUCGGGAGUUGUUCGAGAAGCCUCCUGAACUGAGGAAAAGGCGCACAAGGUAUGAUAUAUACAAAAGGAUCGAUGCAAGUUAUUAUGGUUAUAGGGAUGAUGAGGAUGGCAUUUUAGAGAAACUUGAAGGACCAGCAGAGCAGAAUAUGAGGGCUGCAGCUGUGGCAGACUGGAAGGAGAUGGAGAAGAUAAAACAGGAAGCAAGGAGAGCUGUAAAGAGCGGUGAGGUGGUGGAAGUGGGUGUUGUGUCGAAAAUCUUGUUUGAGGAGGAAGAGGAUGUGGUCGAGGAAGAGAGAAUGAAAGAGAGAGAGGAGAAGGAGAAGGAGAGAGAGUUUAUUGCUCACGUGCCCCUGCCGGAUGAGGAGGAGAUAAAAAAGAAAGUACUAGAGAAGAAGAAGCUGGAAAUGCUGAGCAAGUAUACAAGCAGUGAGUUGCUAGAGGGGCUAAACGAAGCAAAGUCAUUGCUUAAUAUCCAGAAGUAGAUGCACAGGAGAAGUGCAUGAACAAAUUCAUAUACUAACCAAAAAGAAGGCAAAGGAGGAACUUGAGGCAGAACUGGACGAGAAAGUAAGACUUUUCAGCAGCUGGACUAUAUAAGGAGGACAGACAUCUCUAGUGGCCGUUCUCGUUCACGCUCAAACUAUUUUCCUUCAUCCUUGUUCUCGUUCACCCCCUCCUUAUUUAUCGGUUCUGGAUCUGCUACUGCAUCCGAGAAUCUAAAGUUAGAGGCUUUUGAGGGAGGGAAUCGAUUAUGUUAGCAUUUCAGUUUUGGUAAGAUAUGCAGAAUCAGUUUUACUCAA